UGACAGAGCGAGACUGUCUCAAUAAUAAUAAUAAUAGUAACAAUCAUGCUGCCUGUGUCCCCUGAUGAGGCAGCACUGGCCGCAGGUGGCCGCUAACCUCUUGAAAUAGGGAUGGUCCGAAUUAAGGCACAUGCAAGUCAACACUACACUGGGUUUCAGAAACACGUACGAUUCUCAAAAGAAUCAAAAUAUUGCAUUUAGUUUAUCUAUUGAUUGCAUGUUGAAAUCUUACUUUGGAUAUAUUGGGUUAAAUAAAGUAUAUCAUUAAAAUUUCUAAACCUAUGUGCCUAUGAGAAACCUCCAAAUUACACAGGUGGAUCGCGUUCUAUUUCUCUUGGACAGCACUGGUCUGAAGGAUGACAAAAAUAACGAUACGUUUGAAUCACGCCGUGUCUUUAGGGAAAAGAAGAAAGAAGAGUUUCCUUUCGUGUCGCUUAGGGGUUCCUCGCAAGCACCAUCUGACAGAGAAAAGCCCUGGCUCCCGCCCCAGUGGCUUCUAAUCCUGGUCCUCGCGCCCAGAAAGCCGGGAACGGGCAAGCCUGGCAAGGCGUUUUGAAAGGGAACAGGACCCCCCGAGUAUAGGAUGCGUUUUUGCCUCACAGAAGUCCCUUGGAGGUGGGGGGACGGCAGCGGCUGAGGGGCAGGAAUGAGGAGAGCACACGGCGAGCGGCCCUUGGAAUCAGGCACGUAAAACCUCGGCCCCCAGGCUCCCAUUUCCAGGUUCGGGGGUGACCUCCUCAAGAUGGCCGCCGCCUGGGGGGCGGGCCGCUACGCUGCAUGGGUGUUGAUUGGGUGAGACGACUCGAUGGUGAGCAAUGAUUGGUUUACACGGCGCGAGCUGGGCGGAACCGGAAGAUGGUGUGUGCCAAGGGCUGCCAGGGGCCUGGGGCUCGGCGUCGGUUCCCGGGGGAUGUGGAGAGCUGGCAGCAUGUCUGCUGAGCUGGGAGUCGGAUGCGCAUUGCGAGCGGUGAACGAGCGCAUGCAGCAGGCGGUGGCGCGGCGGCCGCGGGAUCUUCCAGCCAUCCAGCCCCGGCUAGUGGCAGUCAGCAAAACCAAACCUGCAGACAUGGUGAUCGAGGCCUAUGGACAUGGGCAGCGCACUUUCGGCGAGAACUACGUUCAGGAACUGCUAGAAAAAGCAUCAAAUCCUAAAAUUCUGUCUUUGUGUCCUGAGAUCAAAUGGCACUUCAUUGGCCACCUACAGAAACAAAAUGUCAAUAAACUGAUGGCUGUCCCCAAUCUCUUCAUGCUGGAAACAGUGGAUUCUGUGAAGUUGGCAGACAAAGUGAAUAGUUCCUGGCAGAAAAAAGGUUCUCCUGAAAGGUUAAAGGUUAUGGUCCAGAUUAACACCAGCGGAGAAGAGAGUAAACAUGGCCUCCCACCUUCAGAGACCAUAGCCAUCGUGGAGCACAUAAAUGCCAAGUGUCCUAGCCUGGAGUUUGUGGGACUGAUGACCAUAGGAAGCUUUGGGCAUGAUCUUAGUCAAGGACCAAAUCCAGACUUCCAGCUAUUACUGUCCCUCCGGGAGGAGCUGUGUAAAAAGCUGAACAUCCCUGCUGACCAGGUUGAGCUAAGCAUGGGCAUGUCCGUGGAUUUCCAGCACGCGAUUGAAGUAGGAUCUACAAAUGUCCGAAUAGGAAGCACCAUUUUUGGAGAGCGGGAUUACUCAAAGAAACCCACCCCGGACAAGUGCGCAGCAGACGUGAAGGCGCCGCUGGAGGUGGCACAGGAGCACUGAGCCAGGGAAUACUGAGAGUACUAACUAUGCACUAACCUAGAUUUUCAUUUCGAUAUUCCCUGUGUCCCAGCACAGUCCUGCUCUCCUAUGACCUGUGGAGAGCACUAAUGAUCACGUAUGUUGAUGGAAACCAUCUGUGCUUAGUCUCUGACAUAGGAAGCUUGCUUCAAGCAGUGACUUUGGAUUGAGUUUGAGAAAUUCAAACAUUUCUGCAGAACAGAUACCAAAUCAAUAGCUAGGAAUCAUGUCCAAUAUUGAAUUCUGCCCAGGAGCAUGAACUGAUCCAUGAAUGCCUUUUCCAGGUUAAAAUUUGGUCACUGAUGCCUCUAAUCGUGGAAUUCAGAGGGAUUCCCCUUUUUCAUCUCAUUUUAAUAGGAAAUUCCUUAUGGUUAACUACUCCCUACAAACUCCUACUACAUUGUCUAGAUUGCUGCUCUGGAAUAAGGUGAUUUCUGCCCCCAGAUUCUUCCCUAGCCGAUAGAUAUGUGAAGAUAUUCCCAACUAUGGAAUGGCAGUACAGGUAACUUCAGGAAAUGGCUCGGGUUAAUUCUCAAAACACAAAUUGUUGCUGGCCAGGCACGGUGACUCAUGCCUGUAAUCCCAGCAAUUUGGGAGGCAGAGGUGGAAGGAUCGCCUGAGCCUAGGAGUUCAAGACCAGCCUCAGCAACAUCAGGAGACCCUAUCUCUACAAAAAAUUUAAAAAUUAACUGGGCAUGGUGGCUGAGGUGGAAGAAUCACUUGAGCCCAGGAGUUUGAGGCUGCAGUGAGGUAUGAUUGCACCACUGUACUCCUGCCUAAAAAAAUAAAAGAUAAAUAAAUAAAAUCUCCCAAUAGUCCAUCAAGGCUUUGAUCACUUGGGGAGUUCUUCGUAGAUGCUGUCACAUUUCUUAAAGCAACCUUUUAAUAUGCAGAUAAUACCCCCCCACACCUUUUUUAGAGACAGCCUGUCUCUUAAAAAAAAAUUAAUUUGGUAGUGAGAGCUUGUGUCACUGCCAGUCUGUGGUAUCCCUGAAAUUAAGGGAUAACAUAAGCAGGAAUUGGGCCUUUCUGACAUCGUCCUUAAGAGACAGGACUUUUUGAGUUUUUCCUCUGGGACCUACAGUGAUGAGCGUUUAAUGAUUAUCUCCUCCACUAUAAUCUCUUUAGGAUGAUUUUUUAAAUCAAAAACCGGUGAAUCUCAUUACUCCUAAGAAACGAAAGAUUCCUUCAAAGCCUGUUCAGGCACAUGGUGUCAACAAAGCCUGACUUUGACGUUCCUUGUCCUGAGGAGCACUUUCCAGGCACAGUUACAGCUUCCCCGCUGUAUUUACAAGCCAGAAUUGCGCAACUCUUCUGGAUCGUUUAAUAAAGUAACAAGAUCUUUAAAAAACCCAAAAACACCAUUCUCCAGUAGUCAUGACAGAUGGCUUCAGUAUGGCUUGUUUUUUAUUUUCCAGAUGGCUUUUUCUCUUAUUUUUUCAAGCCCCCAUCUGAUUUUACAAGUAACUUUCAAACAUGAUGCUGCUGCCGAAUGUACUUUUGUAAACUUAAAGAUUAUGAUUCCUGUAUUAUUUCAGUGAGAGCUACAGUGUGAUACUUCAGAGUCUAUUAAAUAAAAAUGUGAGUUUGAAUUAUACCAUCUGUGCCAAUUACAAAGCAAUUAAAAGAUUUAUUUUUUAUGA